CAGCGUGGGUAAGGGAGGUUUCUGUCUGAUAGGGAUGGAUGUGGACACUUGAUAAAGUUCUCAGAGCUCCGUUUGAGGAGAGAAUAACGGCAACAAACAACACAACAACAAGUGUCCACGCUUUUAAUCCUCUCAGCAGGCGAGUAAUAUACAUCAUUUUUAAAAUAACCCCCACUGAUGACAGCAUCUGAUAUGUUUGCAACAUAAACCCCCCGUUUGUUUCUUCUAAAACUAUGCGUAAUUGUAAAAUGACAGUGCGUAAAUGGGUGCGCUACUACGUUACGCACCUCGCCCUGUUCUCGUCCUAUCCUCAUCUUCAUCGGAUCUAGAGCCGAGCAGCAGCCGUCAAAGCAUCUCCAAAACAUGGCUGAGCUGGGUCCUGCCCGGUCCUGGAGGACUGGCUUCUUUGUGUGCGUUUGGUUGCUCCUUUUCCUCUCCGUAUCCUCCGGGAGUCGUGAUGUGUCGGGUGGCAACGAGACGUCGGGGGAACCAGCCCGAGACACACCGGAAGACCCCCACCACCAAACUAACUCCACCGCUCACAAGAAGGCUUUCCCUGUCCUCUCCUUCAACUAUCACGACGUCCGGAAACCCUUCGUGAUCUCUCUAUGGAUCCUCCUGGCCCUGCUCAUGAAACUCGGUUUUCACGUCAUUCCUAACAUAUCUAACGUGGUCCCGGAGAGCUGUCUGCUGAUUGGCGUUGGCCUGCUAGUGGGCGGGAUCAUCAAAGCCAUCGGAGAGGACGCCCCCGUUCUCGACACCAAGCUCUUCUUCCACUACCUGCUGCCUCCCAUCAUCCUCGAUGCCGGCUACUUCCUGCCCAUCCGGACCUUCAUGGAGAACAUGGGCACCAUCCUGGUGUUCGCCGUGGUGGGGACCCUGUGGAACGCCUUCUUCAUCGGCGGGAUGAUCUUCGCCGUGUGUCAGAUUGAAGGCGUGCAGCUGGCCAGUGUGGACCUGCUGUCCUGCCUGCUGUUCGGCACCAUCGUCUCCGCCGUCGACCCUGUGGCCGUCCUGGCCGUGUUCGAGGAGAUCCACAUCAACGAGCUGCUGCACAUCCUCGUGUUCGGGGAGUCGCUGCUCAAUGACGCCGUCACUGUGGUUCUGUAUCACCUGUUCGAGGAGUUUUCUCACGCAGGAACUGUGACCGUGGUGGACGGCGUGCUGGGGGUCAUCUGUUUCUUUGUGGUUUCACUGGGGGGCGUCAUGGUGGGCGCCAUCUACGGGAUACUGGGAGCCUUUACCUCCCGCUUCACCACGCACACCCGGGUCAUAGAGCCCCUGUUCGUGUUCCUCUACAGCUACAUGGCUUACCUUUCUGCUGAGGUCUUCCACCUGUCUGGCAUCAUGUCGUUGAUAGCAUGUGGCGUAGUGAUGAGGCCGUACGUGGAGGCUAAUGUCUCCCACAAGUCGUACACCACCAUCAAAUACUUCCUGAAGAUGUGGAGCAGCGUGAGUGAGACGCUCAUCUUCAUCUUCCUCGGUGUUUCCACGGUGGCCGGUCCUCACGCCUGGAACUGGACCUUCGUCAUUUCCACCGUCCUCCUCUGUCUGGUGUCCAGAGUGCUCGGAGUCAUUGGCCUCACUUACAUCAUCAAUAAAUUCCGCAUUGUGAAGUUGACCAAAAAGGAUCAGUUCAUCGUGGCCUACGGUGGCCUGCGAGGUGCCAUCGCCUUCUCACUGGGGUUCCUGCUGACCGACAAAGAGAGGAAGAACAUGUUCCUCACCGCCAUCAUCACCGUCAUCUUCUUCACUGUCUUUGUGCAGGGAAUGACAAUCCGGCCUCUGGUGGAGCUUCUGGCUGUGAAGAGGAAGAAGGAGAGCAAACCAUCAAUUAAUGAGGAGAUUCACACACAGUUUCUGGAUCAUCUCCUCACAGGAAUUGAAGACAUCUGUGGUCAUUAUGGACAUCAUCACUGGAAAGACAAGCUGAACCGCUUCAACAAGACCUACGUGAAGAAGUGGCUGAUCGCAGGCGAGCGCUCCACCGAGCCGCAGCUCAUCUCCUUCUACAACAAGAUGGAGAUGAAGCAGGCCAUGAUGCUGGUGGAGAGUGGGAGCGCCGCCAAGCUGCCCUCCAUCCUGUCCUCUGUCUCCAUGCAAAACAUUCAGCAGAGAGGGUCGGGCAAUCGACGGGCCAUCCCAAGCAUCUCCAAAAGUCGUGAGCAAGAGAUUCGUAAGAUUCUGCGAAGCAACCUGCAGAAGACCAGGCAGAGGCUACGUUCAUACAGCAGACACGACCUGAUGCUCGACCCGUUUGAGGACAACGUGAGUGAAGUCCGCUUCAGGAAGCAGCGGGUGGAAAUGGAGAGGAGGAUGAGUCACUACCUCACAGUUCCUGCAAAUCGUCAAGAAACACCAUCAGUGAGAAAAGUCUGCUUUGAACCAGAACAUCAGGUUUUCACCUACGACAACAGUGAGAGCCCCCGGGGCCCGAGGGCUCGGCCAGACCCCGGCCCCCUUGAUGCCGUCAGCCUGCUGAGCGAAUCCCAGGGCCCCAAUAAGAGCCGCGAGCAGAAAGCCAAAGUGCCUGAGGAGCAGGAGGAGCAAGACCAACUAAAACUAUCACGCUGCCUUAGUGAUCCCGGGCCAAACCAGGAAGAGGAUAUCUCGUGAUAAAGCACAUAUGUUCAACUCUCAUCAUGUCUUUGUUGUAUUUAAUGAGUGGAUAUCCAUGAAUGGGGGUCGUAGCAAAGCUUGAUAUUUGUGAAGUAUUAUUCUUUUCCUUGUUCUGUUUUUGUGAUAUGAGAUUAUAAAAACAUAUUUUUAUCAUGUAACGUAUUACCAAAACAUGUACCACUGACUUUUUGCUUUUUCAGGAUUUAAACACAGCUUGAAGUAAGCAAUGGUUCACCAUUUUGUGUCUUAACAAACAAAUCUGCAUCAAAUCGAGCACUUGUUUUAACAAUCUUGAAGCACCAGAUGGGUUGAGGUUACCCCUUCAAAGCACAGUAUAAAGAUGGAUGAUGUUACUAUUACAGAUAUAUCAGUGUCGGUAUGUACGGAUGAGUAGCAAGAAAUGUCUGCACAGAAUUACCAAAGAAAAGGUUUGAGGUGAUCGACGUUUUGCAAAAUGUGUAACGUUUGAUUUGACAUCCUAGUGUCAUUGCUUUAUAAAUGGCAAUGUUGGUCAAACUACAAUAUGUUACCAUGUACUUUCCAAAAAACUUGUGUACAGACAUUCAUGUUCCUCAGAGGAUGACUUUUACUCUACUGCCAUUAUGAGGCUUACAUUGUUUGGGUUGUGUUUGAAAUACAUGGACCAAUAUUUAAUGGUUUGCCAUUAAACAUCGUAUAGACAUUCAUGCUCCCUUGAGGAUGAAUCUAAAUGACUUAAUUCAUUGUCUAACUUACCUGCCAUCAUCAGCUCAGUUUGUUUAAAUUCAACUACUGUUUUUGACUAAAGACCUGCAAAACUAACCUUUCCAUUUGUGUUUAUUGCUAAUUAGCAAAUAUUUAUUAAAAGGGAAACUUGGUAAACAUUAUAUCAUGUUAGUACGAGCAGGUUGAUUUGAUAUCAUGUAUACCAUGUUAGCAUUUAGAUCAAAGCAGUGAUGGACACUCUUACGGCUACAUUAUUCUAAAAAAACAGCUAGCUAACAAUGUUAUUUGUUGUCCUUAAACAUUAUCAUAUAAAAAACGGGGACACAUCAAGACAGUCUCUCUUAGAAAUCAUUCAUAAUAUGACACUUUGUUGUUUACAUUAAAAGAUACAGAAGUAGUUGUGGCACAAAUGAAGGAAUGAGCAUGCCAAGAUCAUAUUCUAUUUUCUUUUUUAGCAUGUUAGCAUUUUGCUCAAAGCUAUUAUGGACCCUUAGGGCUGGGGUAUGUUUAAACUAGCUAACAAUGUUUUUCGCUGUUCUUACACAUUGUAAUUUAAAGAGGGGGAUAUCGUCAUACAUCAAGACAGUCUCUGGAAACUGUUCAUAUUGAUGUACUUUCACAUUAAAGUGCCAAAAGAAAUUGAGACAUAAAUGAAGGAAGAGUGUUUAGAGAAGUUCACACCGCAAUUAUUUCUCACUUCUGCUUACCAAAAAUAUCAUGAAGUGGGUGUUAAUGUGAAAUACUUCAUUCAGAAAGUUAGGAAAGUGUCAUACGCCCCCAAAAAUAUGACAUUGAAAAGGUGUGGGGGAACAGGGAGAUUCUGAAAAUACAUUAGCAUCUGAGCAGCAGUUCUGAGGAGAUAUACUGCAGCUUUUGGUCUUUGUUUAACUCUGAAUGGUCUCAUUCUAUCUUGUUGAAAUUAAUGUCACAUCAGUAAAAAUAAAUUUGAGCAGAUGGUGCCCUAUCAAUAUCAAAAUUGUCAAAACUCUCAGAUAUGUCUAAAAAACGAUAUACUACUAGUUAUUAAAACCUACAAGAGGGUUUAUUUUUGUGUUUUAAGUAUCCUAUAGAAAGCACAAAUCUGGUGAUCCAAGAAUGUUGAACAUCAAGAAUAAUCUGCUGCAAUAUUGUUAGACCAAGGUCUCUGAGCAGUCUUUUACUUCACAUCGCUGCAUGACUGAUCAGUGUUUUUCUCAGGGACUGCAACAAGGACCAGUAUUAACCGAAGGCCACUGCAGAAAUAAGUGUUACUGUCUACAUUGUGCUCAGCUCGCCUCUAUAUUGUGACCUUUUGUAAACUGCAGUGUUUUUGAGCUUCAGAAAUAUUCCACAAGUAAUUGAGUUUGUCACUUUCCUUGUAACUAAGCUCUACAGGUGUCUUUUCCUGGUGACUGACAGCUUAAGCUUUAAUUGGGAAGUCAAGAGGUGAAUCACCUUUUCUUAUCUGCACUGCCUGAGCUUUUGCUGCCUGCAUGAAUGCCUUAAAAUGAUUUGCUUCCUGUGUGUUUUUCUGUUGUAGUAUUUUUAUAUUUUGAAUGUGGAAAAUUAUCUGAAGUAUUGUAUAUUUGUCAAAUGAAGGAAAGCUUUAAUUAUUGUCUCAAAUAAAGAUAUGUCAUUA